ACUCUGCAUGAUAAGUCAUCCCAGGCUUCCAAGCAACCACGAGCUAGCAAUGAUAUUAAGUCUUCCCAGCGCUUCACUGACUUAGAGUUGUACUCUCUCACCGCAAAUUAACCAUGAGCUUCCUCAGUAUCACCUUCAUAACACUCUUCCUCCUUUCCCACCACUACAUACACCACCCCCAAGCGAAUACCCCAGUGGACCGUUUUACCAUCAAUUGUGGCGCCUCCGUGAUAUCCUCCGACGGUGAAAGAACUUGGAUGGGGGACACAGACUCAAUGCUUUUAUCCAGUCAAGAUAGCACCGUUUCUGCUAAACCAACAUCACAAUCUCCAUCUACCAAUCAUGUUCCCUUUACCACUGCACGCUUGUCACGUUCCCAAUUCAACUACUCCUUCCCCGUUACCCCAGGCCCCAAAUUCCUUCGUCUCUUCUUCUACCCAGCUUCUUAUCCUUCCUUUCCCCACACCGAUUCCUCCUUCAAAGUUCAAUGCAACCAAUUUCUUCUCCUCGACAGUUUUAAUGCCUCUUUAAACGUCGAUGCUGUAAAAAAGGAAACCAUCUUCAGAGAAUACAUCGUCUAUGUGGGCGACAAUCAGAUGCUUAUCCUCAGCUUCACUCCGUUCCAACCAAACUCCUAUGCUUUCAUCAAUGGAAUCGAGGUCUUUUCCAUGCCAAGCUACCUGUAUUACACGUCAGCUACCGACACAGGAUUCACGUUUGUGGGAAGUGGCACACUAUUCAGCAUCCAAAGCAGUGCUGUAUUGGAGACAUAUUAUAGAAUCAAAGUGGGAGGCCAAGGAAUCUCGCCUGGAAACGAUACUGGUUUGUUCAGGAACUGGAUUGGUCACGAUGAAGAUUAUUUAAUUACACAUAAUCUAAAGAAUAAUCUACCAGGCGACACGGAUGCUAAGAUGAACAUAAUUGUGAAUCCUGAUUACGUGGCACCCAAAGAACUUUAUAGUAUAGCACGUGACAUGGGAUCAAAUGCCACUCUGAACAAAAUCAGCAACCUGAUUUGGGAGUUCCCUGUUGAUUCUGGCUGCACCUACAUGAUAAGGCUCCACUUUUGCGAGCUUGAUCCGCAUGUUUAUGACAUCGGUGAUAGGGUGUUCUUCAUUUACAUAGCAAGCCAGUUGGCCGAGAGUGGCGCUGAUGUUAUGAGCUGGAGCCAGAAACAGAAAGGUCUGGCUGUGUACAAAGACUAUGCCAUUUUGAUUCCCAAGAAUGAUACUGAGAAAAAGGUUAAUCUGUCGCUCCAGAUGCAUCCUUAUCAAAGUAGUUGGGAUACCGAAUACUCCGGCCCUUUCUUGAAUGGUCUCGAGAUAUUCAAAAUCAGCGACUUUCACUUGCCCGUCCAAGAAGGACAUGACAGCAUGCUUCCUGUCACCUUGUGGGUGGUAUCUGGUGUUUUCUUUGUUUUGUUUCUCUUCAUAUCGGCAACCUACGAGCGCCGUCAACUCUUGCUUUCCACGAACAAGUCAAUCAACACGGAGGAUUCUUCUUUGCCAUCAGAUGACUCCCAUCUCUGUCGUCGCUUCUCCAUCGUUGAGAUUAAAGUUGCAACCAAAAACUUUGAUGACGUCUUAAUUGUCGGCGUCGGGGGAUUUGGCCAUGUCUACAAGGGCUACAUUGACGGUAGUUCCAACCCUGUGGCCAUCAAGCGCCUCAAACCGGGUUCGCAACAGGGGGCUCGUGAGUUUCUGAAUGAAAUUGAGAUGCUUUCAGAGCUCCGCCAUCGCCAUCUCGUCUCUCUCAUCGGCUACUGCAGUGAUGACAAUGAGAUGAUACUAGUCUACGAUUUCAUGACACGUGGCAAUCUCCGUGAUCAUCUCUAUGACACCGAUAAUCCCCCUCUCUCAUGGAAGCAAAGAUUGCAGAUUUGCAUUGGUGCUGCGCGCGGGCUGCGUUAUCUUCACAGUGGCGCGAAGCACAUGAUCAUCCACCGUGAUGUGAAAACAACCAACAUCUUGUUGGAUGAGAAGUGGGUGGCCAAGGUUUCAGACUUCGGCCUAUCCAGAAUUGGGCCCACGGACAUGUCCAAAUCCCAUGUCAGCACUGCUGUGAAAGGAAGUUUUGGAUAUUUAGACCCAGAGUAUUAUAAUCGGCAACGUUUGACGGAGAAGUCUGACGUAUACUCUUUUGGGGUUGUGCUGUUUGAGAUACUGUGUGCUCGUCCACCUCUAAUCCACACUGCAGAGCCUGAAGAAUUAUCGCUAGCUAAUUGGGCUAGGUACUGUUACCAAAGUGGGACCCUGGUGCAAAUUGUGGACCCCAUGUUGAAGGGAAGCAUCGUGCCUGAGUGCUUUACCAAGUUUUGCGAGAUCGGGGUGAGUUGUUUGUUACAAGAUGGGAUGCAUAGACCGUCGAUGAAUGAUGUCGUUUCAAUGCUGGAGUCUGCACUGCAGCUGCAAGAGGGAGUGGAGCAAUUAAAAAAUGUUGGUAUUGUUACUGUCCAAGUUCAUGAAGAAAGAAAGGGAAAUGGUGACAAUGUCUUUAAUAGCAAUGAGCAUGACUACCAUUUCAAGGAUAGUGAUACAUUGCUCCGGUUUCUCCGAGAUAAUCGACCCAAAGACAUGGUGACCAAAUGGAAUUAACCAAACACUCUAGAAAUGGCAGCAAAACAAUUAGAUUAGAAGACCUACUAUAUUACUACUAGCUAGAUAUGCUCACAAUUUAUGUAUCUUUUUAUUUCAUAGUCAAUGAGUAUAAUAUGCGAUUGUGGCCAAGUGUACCUUACACAACAAUAAUAAUAAACCGUAAGUCUAGAUAUUGUACUCAAAGGACUAGA